ACCAAGGGCUCGUCCGUACCUGGGGCUGGUAUGCUAGCAUCAGUUAAGUGCAAACGGUCGAGGUGUUCAAACGCGCUCUACGGCACACUACGGCCCACGUGCCGUGCCACAAAACGGGUUUGAGCUCGAGCGAUUUCAAACAAUAAUAAUUGUACGUUAAAUUGGGCUCAUCGUAAAACCACACGGUGCUUGCGGGUAGUGCCUCGACGUUUUGCGUAUCUAUGAUUGUGGUGGCUUGAUAGUGGGGUAAACGCACUUGUCAGAACAUGCUCGCGCAAUCGCUGGAGCAGACGAUGUUGUUUUGCCACAGGAAAAGUCACUCAUGUAGAAUCUAAUCGUAUUAUGGUAGUGGCCGGAGUGUGCAGUGCAUUUCCACGAGAGUCCUCGUUGCAGACUUUCCUCAUCCCCUGCUUGGUUUGAAGGAAGUGAAAUUAAAAAUGAAGAUUGAAUAAUAAGGCCCACCAAAACGGUACCUGAAGGAAGGAGUUGUUAGUGUUGGUGUGGGUGUGUGUGUGUGUGUUUGUGGGUGUCGGUGGGUGGUUUCCCCAAAUGCAAAAGUGCAUUGCAAAGUCGUGCAGCAAUAGAUGUCAUCGAAUGCCGAAAGCUAUGUGAAAAGUGAAAAAUGCGGCGACCACAACUACAACCGUUCCGCACAGCUGUAGGAAGCGUUAUGCUACAGAUCGUUGCACUGCUGGCGCUAAUCUUGAUAGUGGCACGCAACCCCGUCCGCUGUCUUCAUUUGGAGGUGGAAAAAGUGAACCACUUACUGUUGGAUAAUGCAAAGAUCGAUGAAAGGAAUUUGCAUAAUUUUCUCGAGGAACAUGAACAACUGCUGCUGUUUGGUGAUCGCAGCACUGAUGAUUUCAAGAUUGUUAACGUGCGGCAAAGAAAACGUGAAAGCAGGUCAACGCCAGGCAGUGGUAUUCUGCAGUUCAACAUUAGCAACGGUCCCGGUAAGUGUCAUCGCACUUUUAAUUAUGGUUCACAGAGGUGCAAUAAAAUGUAUCCCAUUCUCCAACACGUUACAGAGGACAACUUUUCGCUGCGAUUGCAAAAGUCUGAUAUAUUAAUAGACGAUUCGUUUGCUUUCAUCGAAAGCUACGACAACUCGACCCAACUGUUAGAUGAUUCGUAUGAUCGUGUGCUAAAGUAUCGCGAUUGCUUCUACCGCAAUGAACGGGCGGCAUUCGAUCUUUGCGAGGGAAGCAUACGUGGUUUGAUACGCAACAAUGAGGGUGAUAUCGUUAUACAUCCACUGCCGGCAAGAUUCGGAACCGGAGCACAUGUCAUUUUAAAUAGGAAUAAAACACACACCGGUGGAAGCGAUGAUGAUGCGCACAGUACGAACAUUAUGUUCGAACCCGAGAUGACUGAGCCUACCCGUAGGCCACCCUUAUUGUACCGACAAAAUCUACCACGACCCAAACGUCACGUUAGCUCAAACCACAACACCAAGGUACCGGAUGUGCUGCACAUCGAGACGGCAAUCUUUAUCGAUAAGGAUUUGUAUCGGCAUAUGUCGAAAAAUUAUCCCAAAAAUACUGAAGCACAUCUGAUACGCUUCGUGCUGGCAAUGAUCAAUGGUGUGCAGCUGCUGUACAAUCACCCUUCGUUGGGUCACCCGAUCAACUUUAUUCUCAAGCGGCUAGAAAUCCUGCACAACGAUCCAAAGGAUCUGCGCCGAUCGAGUGAUAUCGAUAUCUAUCUGAACAGUUUCUGUGGCUGGCAGCGUAAAAUGAAUCCAAUAUCCGAUGCCGAUCCGGUACAUUUUGACCAUGCGGUCAUACUUACCGGGUUGGAUCUGUUUGUAGUGAGCAAGAAUGGUAAGGUGAGCAAUCAGGUUGUUGGUCUCGCACCAGUCGCCGGCAUGUGUACGAUCACUUCAAGCUGUACGAUCAAUGAAGGAAAGCACUUCGAGAGUGUUUUCGUCGUGUCGCAUGAAAUUGGCCACAAUCUGGGAAUGCGGCACGACACAUCGGACAAUAAUUGCGAUCCUAGUCUGUACAUAAUGUCGCCAACGUUGGGCAGUGGUAAGAUAACGUGGUCAUCCUGCAGCCGGAACUAUUUGAACACGUUUCUAAAAACUACACAAGCUACCUGUCUGUUCGAUCGGGGCCACUACGGAUCGUCACUCGAUCACACCGGUGAGGGGAAAUUACCUGGAGAGCGUUUUGAUGCCGAUCAACAGUGUCUGUUAAAGUACGGCAAAGACAGUACACGCUCCAAGUCGCAAGAUUUGGCAGACAUCUGCCGAGAUUUGCACUGCCAGCGCGAUCGUUACACGUGGACAUCACAUCCCGCCCUAGAGGGAACAAGCUGUGGAAAGUUAAUGUGGUGUAGAAGUGGAAUUUGUGUUUCGAAAAUUCCGGGGCUUACCAUACAUUCAACCGGAAAGCAUAUAACCGCUUUUAAGACGAUCGACAAGAAAACGUUUCUUGAGGGACUUAAAUUUGCUAGCCUGCGGCAGGACAUAUCACGCACAUUGAACACGAUACCGACCUGGGAUUCGUGGAGCGAACCGACCGAAUGUGUUUCAGGUUGCUUGUAUGGUGAUUCCGGUCGAUUGAAGGAAGGUAGUACCGGAUUGCGGCAGUUUACUAGAAAAUGUCUCGACAAACGUAAAAAUUGUUCCGGAUUUAGCCGUAAAUAUGAGACGUGUAUCGCCAAACAGUGCUACAACAUUGCACGAACAACGAUAAUGGAGUUUUCCAACCAAAUUUGUGACCGUGCAAAGGAGUUCGAUUCCGACAUUAUUGGGUACGGGUUGCAGAAGGUUGCAGAAGAUCCGGAAGAUUCUUGCAAAGUAUUUUGCGAAACUAAAACUGGCAUACCGAAGACAAAGAGUUGGAUCUAUCCGGAUGGUACCGCGUGCAAGGUACAGAAUGGUGACUUUGACGAUGCGUACUACUGCGUUAGUGGUCGAUGUGAAAAGUUUAGCUGCAAUAAUACCUCCAACAAUUACUAUCGUAUCGAUGGAACACUCUGCACGGAAGUGUACCAGUACACGGAACGAAGUGGUAACAGUAUUCACCAGGAGAAUGGUCGAGACUAUAAAAGCUUACCGUUGAAUCAUAACGCUUAUACGAUCGAUCGCAAAUCGGAAAGUUCUACUAUUAGAACAGCAUUAAGCAACUACACUGCACGAAAGCCUUCGGUGGACGCGGAAAGCUACAACAGCAAGGUGGAUCACACGUACAACCAAUGGCGUGAACGACCGUCCGAACUCAACAGGUUGUCCGAGUUGCAAGGACGCAAGCAUAACUGGGAGGUGAAAUCGGGCUGUCAUUUUAGCUGUAUGGAACGUGGCAAGGGUGUACAAAUUGUGUCCUCCGCCGGCGGAACCAACACCAACAUUCAGCUCUGUACUGCCAACACGAUUGCUUGCGAUAAGGUGCUAUCAACGUACGAGUUUGCAACACAGCUGUGCAAACGAUAUCAGCAGAAGGUGUCGGGUUUGUCUGGUAUCGGCAUGCAAAUUGCACCGAGCGUUGAGGAUCCGGAUCGAAGCUGUCGGGUUGCGUGUCAGGACACUUUCAUCAGGCAUCGGUUCUACCUCGUUAAUGGAGAGCAAGGUCACUUCCCAUUUGGGACGCGAUGCAACCAUAAUGAAUCGAACCGUUAUUGCAUCAAUGGCAAAUGUUUGCAUUUUGGGAAUGAUGAUACGCCCGUUAAUGAGUCAUACAAUGCGCUACCGAACGUUCGUAUUAAACGAUCCACCAGUAGAACGAAACGACAUUUCGAAUACUUCACCCCAAUCAACAUUACCGAACGGAUAAGCCAAGAGUUUUUGGAACAUUUAAUUGCCAACAUCGACUUUGCCCGGGACGCCAGUGACAACAAUGCCGUCUUGGAAGAACACAUUGACCUAAAAAAUCCAGUCUAUGUUGAUCCGUAAAAAACUAAAGCAAAAUGGCGUACGUGAUAGUAAUAGCGGGUGCAUCUACACACAUGAUUGGAGCGACAACAUGUAUGGAACUGUUUAUUUAUUGUCCAAAAACUUUUGUAAUGUAAUUUACAUCGUGAAUUAUACCCGAAAUAAAACGUCUACGUUUCAGUAAAAUUAAGGCAGUACAUAUAAAAGAUGUUCCCGAUUACGAAA